AGGCCCUCAGUGUUUCUCCGACCAUGUGGGGAUCUGCUGGAGGAGCUGCAUGCUGCUGAACUGAGGUGUAGAUUUGUUUAUUAGCGCUGCUGGAGAAAACCAGGCUGUUGUGGUGUUGAUACAGAGCCCGGCUGCUGAGAAAAAAUGGGGAAGCCCCCAAAAAAGAGGAGCCUCGCCGACAAGGUGCGGAAGACCAAGACGUCCACCCAGAUCAAAAACAACCCCUUUGAGGUGAAAAUCAACAGAAAGAAGUUUGACGUCCUCGGCCAGAAGAGUAAACAUGACGUGGGCCUGCCGGGCGUGUCCCGAUCCAAAGCCAUCAACAAGCGGAAGAACACCCUUCUUAAAGAGUUCAGGCUUAAGAAUAAGGCUAAUAAGUUUGUGGACCGGCGCUUUGGGGAGUACGACACCAAGAUGGCACCUGAGGACAAGAUACUGAAAAGGUUCACAAUGGAGCGGCAGCGCUCCCAGACCAAGAAGGACCUCUACAAUCUGAACGAGGAGGAGGAGCUGACCCACUAUGGCCAGUCUCUGGCUGAGAUGGAGAAGAUGACUGACAUGGUGGACAGUGACAGUGACUCUGAAGAGAAAGGCCUGCUUUCUGCUGAGCUCACCGCUGCACACUUCGGAGGAGGAGGACUGCUGAGGAUGAAGACCGGAGAGGAUGGAGAUUAUGAGGAGAAACCCAGAUCACGGCAGGAGAUCAUUGAGGAGCUCAUUCUCAAGUCCAAACAGGAGAAGAGAGAGCGUCAGACACAGAAGGAGGAGUCUCAGGAGCUGACGGAGAAACUGGAUCAGGAGUGGAGGUCCGUCCAGAGCCUCCUGGCUCACAAAACCCCCAAAUCAGAACGCAAAGAUGAGCCAGACAAACCAAAGAUGGAUGAUUAUGACGUGAUGGUGCGCGAGCUCGGGUUCGAGAUGAAGGCUCGGCCGUCAGAGAAGCUCAAGACCCCAGAGGAGGUGGCGAGAGAGGAGAGGGAGCGCCUGCAGAAACUGGAGGCGGACAGAUUGAGGAGGAUGCUGGGAGAGGAGAGUACUUCUAAGAAACCGAGCCACAUGUCAGCGGACGACCUGAACGAUGGCUUUAUCCUGGACACAGAUGACCGUAAAACCCUCUCCUACCAGGAUGGCCAGUGGAACGUGGAUGGAGGAGAAGAGGAAGAAGGUGAAAAGAAUGAGGAAGAUGAAGAUGAUGGUGGAGAGGAGGAGAACGAAGAGUGUGAUGGUGGUGAUGAUGACGAUGACGCUGACGACGACGAAGAUGCAGAAGAUGAAGAUGAUCACUCCGACCUGGAUUCAGAGCAGGGCAGCGGAGCUGAGGAUGAAGAGGGUGAUGAAGAUAAAGAGGAAGAGGCAGCUCCAGCUAAAGCAGCUCUGAGUGAGGAGGAGCGGAGAGCUGUGCAGCAAGCAGCCAAAGAGGAACUGCCGUACACCUUCAAAGCCCCUGAAAGCUUCAGUGAUCUGAAAGAGCUGCUGCUCGGUCACUCUGUGGAACAGCAGCGCCUCAUAGUGGAGCGAAUACAGAAGUGCAACCACCCGAGCCUCGCUGUGGGCAACAAGGCUAAAUUAGAGAAGUUGUUUGGAUUCCUGUUGGAGUAUGUGGGAGAAUUGGCCACUCAAAGCCCCCCGGAGCUCUCCACCAUCAACACACUCAUCCCGCAGGUAUACUCUCUCUGCCAGCUCUUUCCUGCAUCAGCAUGUAAGGUCAUGCAGACAUUGCUUAGUGAUGGCGGUCACAGCAUGGAGGAGGCUGUAGAGGUCAAAGGUCGUGCUGCGUUUCCAGGCUUGGACAUGCUGAUUUACUUGAAGAUCGCUGCUUUGCUGUUUCCUACUUCGGAUUUCCGGCAUCCUGUAACCACUCCUGCCUUUCUGUACAUCAGUCAGGCCCUCACUAAGUGUCCCGUAUCGUCUCUGGAGAGCGUCUCGGCAGGGUUGGUGCUGUGCUGUCUGGCUGUGGAGUUUGUGUCGCUCUCCAAGCGUUUCAUCCCUGAACUCAUUAACUUCCUGCUGGGGCUCCUGCACUUGGCUGUUCCAGCUGACACCUGCAAAGAUUACUGUGUGGUGUCACCGUUCAGACAGCAGGGUAAAGCCAGCAAGCUGCUGCUCCUCUGUGACACUGAGUCUUCAAGCAGCUGGAGCAGGAAACCCAUUCCCCUAACAUCUGUACACCGAGUUACAGCCAGCACAGACCUGCAGAGAGACCACCACAGACUCUCAGUGCUGGAUGCUUGUCUGGACCUGGUGAAGAGGUGCGCCACCCUUUACAGAGAUCUCCCCUCUUAUGAUCAGAUCUUCCAGCCCAUCCGGACUCUUCUAACCAACCACCUCCCUGUUCAGAGCUACCCUCCAGCCCUACAGGAGCUGCAACGAGAAAUCCUGGAGGCCAUUCCAGAAACACCUUCCCAGCGUUCACCCCUUGUGUUUGACAAAAAGAAGCCCAUUGCACUAAAAAUGCUGCAGCCAAAAAUAGUGGAAGUGUUGGACUACGGGAAGAAGCGAGGAAACACAAAGGAGGAGAAGGAGAGAGAGAGACUGAAACACAAGUAUAAGAAGGAGUUUAAGGGGGCACUGAGGGAGCUAAGGAAGGACACGCGCUUCCUGGCUCAGGCCAAACUCUCUGACAUCAUGAGCAGGGACGCUGAGAGGAAGAGGAAGGUGAAGGAGCUAUACGGCAGUCUGGCCACACAGGAAGGAGAAUGGAAGGCGCUCAAGAGGAAGAAGAGGAAGUGAUGUCAGACAGAAAGUCCUUAUUGAUCACUGUUGACCAGGAAUUUCAGUUCUGAAAAAUCAUUAAACAGCUGGUGGACUUCAUGGACUGAUGCAGCUGCUAAUUACUAGAACUUCUUCUGUUAUCUGUUUUGUUGUGUUUGGAAAAAGAGGAUUUAUUUUACAGAAAGUGUCUGCAUGAAUUGCAGAUUGGUUGAGAUGAUCACAUUUCUGAGUGGGUUUGGUGUUAAAUGGUUCAUUGUAGAAAAGACUUACCAGCUUUGACUUUAUAAACAACACCAAUAUAUUGUCAUUUUAUGUACUAUCCAAACUCUCCAGUGAACCUUCAUGUAUCUUCUGGGUGUUUAUAUAUAAGGUUGAUGAUGGUAAAAUUGUAAAGAAUGUCAUUUAUCUUUUAAUGUGUUGUUAAAAACAUGUUUUAGACCUAGAAUCUCAAAAAAGGUUAAAAGCAUCAGAAUGGUAUUUCACACCCAUUUAAAAAAAAUAACAUUUUAUGAGGGAGUUACUAGAGGUUCACUGUAAACAUUUCUGUGUGGGUAAGUUUUCAUGAAUAGAGUGUUUUACACCAAACCCACUCUGAAAUACUUUGAUCACAGAGUUGAUCAGAUUUUGUGAAAAGUUGUGAAAGUUUUGUAAAUUACCAACUUCUGAACAUAAAAUAACACAAUGAAAACAUA